CCUAUGGUAGGCUCAAGGAGAAAGGAGUCCAAGGGACAGCAUCACUUUCCCUAACCUCUCUGCCGUGUUUGUUUAGUAGCGUCCUUCAGUAGCUUCCCCCCUUCCUGUGAUUUGGUUUAGCCCGUCCCAUUUCUCGGAAAAGAUGGCGGCGGUGGCUGAAGCAAAGGAGGCGGUUUGGAAUCGGCUGGAUGUGCCGUGGCCCUCAUGCAGCGCGACAGUCGCUGUGCCGCCUCAGCACGUCUCAGUGAGAUGUCUUCUUUCUGUUCUGAAGGGCUGUCAUGCUGUCAACAACAUUCUGAAAAACAAAGCCAUGGUUGCAGAACAGAGCCUCCUGCAUUCAAUUAUGUAUAGUUUUCGCUAUCAGAUGAGUCGUCAUAGGCCAUAUCGGUCUCUCAGACAGGUAGAACAGUGCUUGAAGCGUUUAAAUAGUAUGAAUCUGGAGAAGCCGAUUCAAGAUCUUAUUAGGUUGGGCCCCAUAAAACAAAAAUCUGAAAAUGCUGAAGAUGCCUUGGUUCCAAGCCAGCCUGUCAUAGAAGUGAUACUAUUGAAGAUUUUGGGCAGUUGCAAGCUCAUACUGCGUUUGCUUGAAUGUUGUUGCACAGCAUUUCUUUUGUCUGUUAAGCAUCUGUGUUUGAAAGAGUACAUACUAUUGAAUACCGUGGUGUUGGGGUUGCUAAGCCGAUUAUGGAUUCUUUAUAGAGGGGUGUUAAAAAGCCUCAGUUCUUUAUAUAUGAGUCUGUUCAAAUUGCUUCAGGAAGUUACAAAGACUCAACCAAGGCCUUACAUAAAAGGAUUUGCCUUUCCUUCUGAAAUAUAUGAAUUUCUGGGAACCACUUAUUCAGAGAUUAAGAAGAAAAUGCCCAAAGCAUUUGUAAUGAAAAAGGCCGGAACUGGAUGGAUGGAUAGACUCUUCGUUGUAAACAAGACUGUAUCUCAGGCUUCAAGUGCAGGAGUUCCUACCAGAAAGAAGAGGAGGAAGGCUCAGAACACCAUUGAUAUUGGGAAGCCAGUUGUGGUAAACAGAACAAAGCAAGAUCUUGGGAAAGAGUUUGAUAUCAAGAGGUUUUGCAGAUACCCUAAUCCUGCACCACAGGAGAAUACCAAAUUCAUGGUAAAGCUUCCUAAAUCAAAAAGGAGAACUACCCUGGUUUCUUCUAAAUCACUGAGGGCUCUGCAUCUUAAAUCUUUUGUGUCCAAGUUUCAAGAAGCAAGUACCUUUGGAGAACUGUCUGACACACUCAGAACAACAAUUCUGUGGUGCAAAAGCAAUACACUUAGAUCAGAGGCUUUUUUCUUAGGAAUGAAGCUUUUGAAAAGUAGGCGAUUGCAGCAUGUGGAAACACAGGGUUGCAGAGCUGAAAGAAGACACACUCCUGGCCUCUGCCACCAGCCCAAGGCGGGGGAGGCACCUUUGACUCCCAGGAAGAACAUCAGGGCAAGGGAAGUAACCUAGCCCCAUCCACCAGUCAGUGAAGAAGUAGCUGCUCCAAAGCUUGCUUGCUUUUUCCAUCCCCCUUCCCUUUUGUAUCCUGCCUAUUAGAUAGUUCCUGCCCCCAAGCUCACAACCUUUAAUAUUUGUGCAAGGCUCAAGAAAAUUAGGUGCUGUUUAACAAUGUCCAUAAUGUGGUAGAUAGUCUUUCUCAGUCCGGAUGUUUAAAAUAAAGGGGAAGGGCAGAGGCGUGUUGCUGCGGGUAGUGUUAAGCCCUUUAUAUUAGAUUUUGAUUAUGGACAGCUGUUGCAGACUAACUUGAACUCUUGCCUUGUGCAAGAGAUCGUUGACUUCACAGGAUAGUUACUUGGAUUCAACCAGGAAGCUAUUUUGAAUAUUGCUGUAACAAAGAAUCCCUGUAUUGUUGUCUGUCUUGGGAGCAAAUUCCAUUGAACUCCAUGGUGAUUACUGCUGAAUAGACAUGGCUAGAAUUGCACUGCAG